UCCCCGACUCCCCGUUUUGUAAGCCCGAUUUAUUCGUCAAUAAGCAAUUCAAACGACCGGUUGAAUUGUUAUCCAGAAAGGGCAUUUGAUUAUGACAAGAAGAAAAUACGGAAGAAAAUCUCAAAAAACUGAGUUAGACGUCGGAAGGGACGACGAACGAGAAACGUUGGCUUCAUAGCUAACGGAGCUAACGCAGGCAACAGGUGGAACUGAGGUGAGUCAGAGGAGCCAAAACGAGGCCCAGUCAGCUCAAAACGUCGCAAAUAUGGAAACGAUACUUCAAGAGACAGACAGCCAGACAACCUUAAAGAAAUUAAAUAAAGAUAUCAUGAAAGAUACAAGUGGCUAACAACAGGAUCGAUAACUCCGAGAUGCGGAAGCGGAGGAACGACUACAGCACAUUGAGGAUGCUACAUUUGAACUUCUGGAGCUAAAGAAAGUGUUUGAAGAAAGGCUGGUGGGCCAAGAGGGACAGGAUAUAAACAAAGACUGCAAACGUUUAGGAGAAACCAAGAGCAGGAAUUGGUGGUCAUGGGAUUUACGAGGAAGAGGACUGGAAAUCUUUUGGUUAUAUGGACUGCUCAUCACCGGAUUAAGAUUUAUCAUAUUCCCUGGAUCUACACACCGGUACGGACUGUCCUGGCAAUCUGGCACCAGCUGACUAAGACUGAGAUCCCAGAGUUGGCUAAGUCCUCAGUGUUGAUGAGAGAGCGUGGCAGGGUGGAGGAGACGAUUCACGCCAUGCAGCGGGCGGGUGCAGGCAGCUUGCAGGUUAUCUCAGACUUCGAUAUGACUCUGACCAGGUUUGCGCACAAUGGCAAGAGGGUGCCCACCACACACAAUAUCCUGGAUAACCGAUUGUUGAUUAAUGAAGAUUGCACUAAAAAGAUGAGGGAGCUGCUGAACACUUACUAUCCCAUAGAGAUUGACCCCAGCAGGACUGCUGAAGAAAAGCUGCCUCUCAUGGUGGAGUGGUGGACUAAAGUCCACGAGCUGCUAAUUGAGCAGAGGAUCAGGAAGGACAUGCUGGCCCAGGCUGUCAAGGAAUCAAGAGCUAUGCUCAGGGAUGGCUACAAAAUCUUUUUUGACCAUCUGGAGGAGCAACAGGUCCCUCUGUUGAUCUUCUCAGCUGGUGUUGGAGACGUCCUGGAGGAGGUGAUCCAGCAGAACCAUGUCUUCCAUCCAAACGUCCACAUCAUCUCCAACUACAUGGACUUUGACCAGACUGGGGUCCUGCAAGCCUUCAAAGGCCAACUGAUCCACACCUUCAACAAGAGGGAAGGCGCUUUGUCACAUGCGGCUGGCCUCAGAGAGCUGCAGGGUCGACCCAACGUCCUGCUGCUGGGGGACUCUUUAGGAGACCUGACCAUGGCGGACGGGGUGACUGAGCACCAGAACAUCCUCACCAUCGGCUUCCUUAACGACCAGGUGGAAGAGAGGAAAGAGUCGUACAUCAACUCUUUUGACAUUGUACUGGUGAAGGACGAGACAAUGGAUGUUCCCAACGCUAUCCUCAGGUACAUUACAUCACCUAAAGACAACAAGACGCACAAGGAGGAACCGGACACUUUGUGACAACAUGCACAGAUAUGAACGUGUUCACUCCAUUCACUGUGCUGCAUGCUGGACAAUCGCACAUCACCAAUUACCUCAAACCAGACCUUGAAACUGGACUUUUUUUCCACUGCAUCCACUGGAGCGGGUAAUGUUGCAAGUUUUUUAUUCUUACUGUGUUUUGACCUGCAUUUGCUGUACAUCAAAGCCACCCUACAAAAGUGCAAAGGUUUGAAAGGUCUAGUUUAGGUCAUGCAUUUCCAGUUUAGUUGAGAAGAAUUUGUGCAACUUAACUUCACAGUUUGACUGCUCGGCUUUGAGUAAAAUUCUUUUAUCUUGUUCUUAAGGAAAUCCCCAAAAAUGCCUUGAUAGAAACGUUAGUCUGAGAAAAGCAAUGUACUUAUAUUGUCUCGUUUCAACCAGCAGAUGCACACGUCUGUGUGUACAUUCUACACAUGAAUCAUCAGUUUACAUGCUGGCAGGUUGCAAGUAACUCAACAGUGAAGCUGUAGUAUUAAAGCUGUUCUAGUAGUUAUUAACCUUUUUUUUUUUCUAUCUGUGACAGCGAAGACAAACACGUUAAAGCCAGCAGUUUCUUGGGAAGGGAAUACACAAUGUGAUGUGGGAUGAGUGUUUUGUCUCCUGGCCGAAACACUGUGGUGCUGUAAGAUUUAACUGUGAGCUAGCGGUAGGUGUUGCUAUCCUGUAGAAGAAAAGACGAAACAACUGUAUUUUUCCUUACGAACAUUUUAAUCGAUGUGACUUCAGGGACAAAUCAAGGUGCUUGUUUGGUUUUCUGAAAUACAAAAAUCAAAAACAAACAUACAACACAAAUCUCCACAAAAAAGUCCAUUUGCACUAUUUUCUAAUUCAAAAAUCCUGUCCAUUGUAGUACUGAAAGUAUUAAACCAUGAUGGUGUAUGGA